AUGUCAGAUGUUAUUGAGGAAGAAAAACACAACAGAGCAGCUCUAAUGGCUGCCAUGAGAAAGACAGAGACAGGAAUCCCUACAGAAAUAAAGAAGAGAAGGAACCCCCCAGGCAAUCCAGAUCCAGAUGCUCAAGUUGUAGCUCUAUCACCAAGAACUCUUCUAGCAACAAACCGCUACAUAUGUGAAGUUUGCCAUAGAGGCUUUCAGAGAGAUCAGAACCUCCAGCUCCAUAGAAGAGGCCACAAUCUGCCAUGGAAACUGAAGCUAAAGAGCAGCACUGAGCCUAAGAAGAGGGUCUAUGUCUGCCCUGAGCUCACCUGUGUUCACCACGACCCGAACCGGGCCCUCGGCGACAUAACAGGAAUAAAAAAACACUACUCAAGGAAGCAUGGCGAGAAAAAAUGGAAAUGCGAUAAAUGCUCGAAGAAAUACGCAGUCCAGUCAGACUGGAAAGCUCAUUCGAAGAACUGCGGCACGAAGGAAUAUCGAUGUGAUUGUGGAACCAUCUUCACAAGGAAGGAUAGCUUUGUUACUUGCCGAGCCUUCUGCGGUGCUCCUGCCGAAAAGAAUUACAGGACAGAUCAUGGGCUGGCUGCCAUGGCUGGGAAUCUCCCCGGCCAACAUCAGAGACUACUUUCCCCCUCCAUGCAAUGCCUUGGCUCCUCAAUCACAGACAAUAAAAUAAACAUAUUAGGUUCUGAAACAAAUACAAGCAAUUCAUUGAAGUUUGUGUCUCUUAAUUCUUUAAUGCAGACCAGUUCUAACACACUAUACAAUACUGGAAGCAUGUCCAUGGGUUCUUCGAUUAUGUCAGCUACAGCUCUGUUGCAGAAGGCAUCAGAGAUGGGAGUCAAAAUCAGUGAUGAGUCCACAUCUCCAGUACUUUUUGGAGGCUUUACAGCCUUCUCAAACACAAACACGGAAACCGGGAUGAUGCGAGAUUUCGUAAACAGCUAUAAUAAUAACGACGCUCAAUGCCUCAACGUUGCAGAGGCAAGCUCUGAAGCGAUGAAUGCAAGGUUCGUUCCUUCGUCAGCAGGCUGCCCAUUUGUUGGUGUUCAGAAUAUGUUUCAGACGAGUUCGAAGGGGAAUGCUGAUGGCUCGGGUUUUAGAACAACUACAGUUCGAUUUCCAUUUGGUAGAGAGACAAAGAUUGAUAUGAACAAUGGAGGAAAUUUGGGCGAAGAUAAUGUGGGAAAGAGGGACGGUAGAAUGACUCAAGAUUUCUUGGGUUUGGCUGCUUCUGGGAGUAUGGGUGUUGGAAGCUCUGGAAAUUCAAAUUAUAAUGAAGAUGAAAUGUACUCAUUUCACCAAAUGUCCGAUGGGCAAACCAUAUUGGGAAAGCAUAUGUGGGAUUACUAG